UUUUUAUCACACUUCUACUGAAAUGUUCAAGUAAAGUUGUGUGCUUUCAUAUAGUCACUUCGUCAUACAAUUUACAUAUUUCAAAUGAGGUUUGAGGGGGGCGUUGUACGACCAGAGAGAAAAAAAAUUGGAGACAGAAUAUUUUUGGGAGAGAACAACACAAUUUCAGAAAGAAAUGGCAUUCUUCAAAGAUGAACACCUCAGAUGUAGUCAACGCUAGCCAUAACAAUACAUGUUCUCCUGAGCCUCAGCACAUAUCUCUGGGUGUGAUCCUCUGUCUGGUCUAUCUUCUGGGCCUUCUGCUCAAUGGAUUCAGCCUGUGGGUCUUCACCUGCCGCGUUCACAAAUGGAACUCUGGAGCUGUUCUGCAGUUUAAUCUGGCUCUAUCUGACGCCAUCAUCACUCCACUCACCCCACUGAUGGCAGCGUACUUUGUCAUGGAUAGUAACUGGAAAUUUGGGGAUUUUGCCUGCCGGCUGAAGAUCGCCGUGCUAAGCAUCCACUUUAAUGGCAGCGUUAUCUUCCUCAUGCUUAUUAGUGUUCAUCGAUAUGUGUCUGUGGUUCACUUCAACCGCUCCUUGUUGAUAAAAAGGAAGAUCUUCAUAAAGAAACUGUGUGCUGGGAUUUGGGGCUUUCUGAUAAUACUUGGCAUUUUCUAUGGAUGGCUGCUUCCUGUAACCAUUGAAGAAAAUAAUGGGCAUUGUCUUACUAUUCAUCAGAAAAAAUUGAUUGAUUCUUAUUUUGUUAUUAACUUUGUGAUUUUCUUCUUUUGGUGUAUUUUCCCCUUAAUUAUUUUAGUGUUUUGCUACAGUCGCCUGGCGAGCUCAGUGUCCCGCAUUAACAUAAAUUCUGCCCAGGGCCAGUCAGUCAAGAAUAAGUCUAUGAGGAUGAUAGGGAUAUGUGUAUUCAUAUUUGCCCUUUGCUUUCUUCCUCUCAAUGUUGUUCGGACUAUCGGAGUAGUUGUGAAAAAGUAUCAUUCUAGUAAAUGUAGACUUUUGUUGCAGUUGCAAACAGCAUAUUAUGCAUGCUAUAUAUUGGCAGGUAUCAACUGCUGCUUGGACCCCCUCAUCUACUUUUUUGGCUCACAUAAUUUUAUGAAAGCCUUUAGAAGAUCUCUGAAGGUAAUGGGGGUCAAACCUUAUGUUGAAAACAAAAUGGAAUCAGAAACAGUAAGUCAAAGUCUAAACAGAAAUGUAGUAAGUAAUUGACAAACUUUCUGAACUCAUGCCAGUGAAAACAUCCUCAGAGAAGAGAUUUGUUACAAGAUGAAGUUAAAGCUUAUAAGGGUACAUGAACUAAAAAAAGGCCAAAACACUGUCCAUUUUAGUUUCAUGUUGAUUUUAAUGUUGCUUUGAUAAGCAGCCUACUGCAAGAUUACACUUAAAAUAUUUUGUUUGUCCUGUAUGAUCCUAUUCCAUAAUACUGAAGUAAAAAUAUAAAAUAAUAAAAAAUAUAUAUUUUUAAGUGUAAUCUUGCUGGUAGUAUUGUGAAUUUGACAGAAAAUGUUACUGUGGCAUCCACAGCAAAAUGGGUGUUUCUGCUAAAAACACUGUGGAAUGCAUUAAGAAUUUGUUAAAAUGAUUUUGUAAAUAUUUAUUCUAGCCUACAAAGUAAUGUUUAAGAAUAUACAAAUGUUCUGGGCUAGUAACCUUUCACAAAAUGCUAAUUAUAACUAGGCUAAAUGCAGCAAUAAGCUUUGAACGUUUUAUUCAGCUGAAUCUUUCAGAUGGUAGCCUAUGAAUAAAAUUAUAUUCUAAACUAAUAUUUUGAAUUGUAGAUAGUAGAAUUUCAAAUAGCCUGUGACAGUCAUGCUAACACGUGAGUGAAACUAAAUAAACAGAAGAUCCAUUAAACUGUUUAUGUCAUUGUUGAUGACUGACACAAGAUAUAAAACUAACGUCCUCAGUUUUUUUCCUAUUAGCUAUUAUUCCUAUUCCUUUAUUAUUAUUUGUAUCUGUGUAAAUUGUAAAAGUUUUGUAAAAAGAAAAAGAAAAGUACCUGUAAAAACAUUUUUAAAAAAAACGAGGAAUAAAAUGUCAUGUUGUUAAACUUUUCUUAUCUGUGC